AUGCCAAAACCGGUAAGGCAAGAAGAUUUAGAUUUCGUUUCUUGUGAGAACGAUCGCUAUGAAAGUGAAAUAUUUAAAUGGAAAAAUGAUCGGUUAGUUGAAGCCAUAGCACAAGAAGAACUUGAAUUUGUGAAAGAGUCUUACGAAGCCAAAGCACGCGCACACAAAAUAUAUGAAGAAGCAGAGCAGAUACGUUUAAAGGCUAUGAAAGAAUGGCAAAAAUACUGGGCUCAAAUGGAGGCUAAAUAUGAAAAAGAAAGGCUUGAAAGAAGACGAAGAUUUGAAUCAGAACAGGCUAAGUGGAAGCAAAUGGCUGAGGAAUACGAUCGUAAGAUUAAAGCGCAAAGACAAGCCGAAGAAGAUCGAAAAAAAAAAGAGGAAGAGGCAAAAAACCAGGAAAUUCUUAGAAUACAAAAUCAGAAACUGGCACAGGAGGUAGCAUUGGCUGAGGAAAGAAAGAAAAAAGAAGAGGCGUUAAAAGCGGCAGAAAACGCCAAAAAAACUCAAGAUAAUGUUAAAAUUGUGAUCGAGGGUAAUGCUAAAAAUCUUGCAUCAGACGAAAUUUUGAAACAAGAAGAGCAUUAUCGCAAUAUGCUUAAAAGUAUACAUGAUAAAUUUUCAAAGAAUCCUCAGCUGAAAUCUGCGACUACCGGAACAAGAAAGAACAUCACACUGGGAUUAAACAUUCUUACGAAUGGCCGUGCGGAAAUUAUUAAAAUUGCUUCUCAAUUUGACGAAAUGCUGAAAAGCCACAAAAACAAUUUGAACGUUUACUAUUUUCUUAUUAACUAUAUUGCAAAAGGAAUAGUGAAACACGCUGAAGUUGACGUAGUAUCGAAGGAAUCUGCAGCGUUUCCUUUUGCUCAUUUGUGUGUGUUGAUUUCUACGCAACAUCCAGAAUUUAUGGAGUUUUUAAUGACUCGCCUUGUUAAAAAAUGUCCAUAUGUCUUACCACGCUAUCAUAUUUGUCAGACCAAUCAAAGCCGGGAGGAAUAUAAGAAGCAAAUAUCAUCUAAGCCAAAGGAGGAUGAAGAUGCCUAUGUUAAUCGAAUGUGUGCAAUUGUAGCCCUAUAUUGUGCAAUAAUGCAAACGGAACCUUUAUAUCCUCAACUUAAAAACCCAUAUUACAUUGACAAUGCUUGGACAUAUCUGGCGCGUUUAAUGAACCUGAGGCCUCAAAAAAUUACGCCAUCGCUUCUUUAUACUUGUCUAAAGAUUACUGGCUCGAGUCUUUUUCGCGCAUAUAAUCAUCACGCAUUGAAACUAUUUUCUGUUGUCUACAAAAGCUAUGUUCAAAACCCACCUUCAGAGGUUCGAUCAUUGCUGACAAGCUCGCCGGCUGCAAUGUCUAGAUUACGAACAUUACUUGAAGAUGCGUCUAAAAAAGGACAAUUUCCAGUUCCAGAAGGACAGACUCCUAGCUAA